UGCGCCAUUAGUAGUUUUGCAAACCCUCGUCCAAUCCGCCGAAUCCGGCGACCAAGGUAGGCAUCCGGAGCCGCCCCCGUCGCCGUGCCGUCCAGCCCCUCCUCCUGCAGCCACCCUACCCUCCCUCCGCAGCCAGGGGGUCCCGGCCUCGCCCUCGCCCUGACUCCCCGUCGGCCGGCCCCGGCGACCGGACGAGGAAGCCCGGCAGCGCCACCAGUGGAGGGUUCAUUGCCGUCGCCCGGUCCCAGAUUCGCGUGAUCCACGCGAAUCCGGCCCCCGUCGCCUCCCCGCGCCCAUCGCCCGUCGCUCGCUCGUCGCCUCGUCGUCGGUGGUGGUGGCUCCGCCCUCCCCCUCCCUCCGCGUCGCCCAGGUCGAGCUCGUCCUCCUCCCCUCUCCCUAAGUUGGAUGAGGGGGAGGGAGGACGACAUGUCGCUCGUCAACGGCGGCGCCGUGCCGCUGCGCGUCCCCGAGGCCGCCGCCGGCCCGGCCGUGCUGGUGAAGAACCUCUACCUCUCCUGCGACCCCUACAUGCGCGGCCGGAUGCGGGACUUCCACGGCUCCUACAUCCCCCCGUUCAAGCCCGGAUCUGUUAUAGAAGGGUUGGGCGUGGCAAGAGUGGUGGACUCCACUCAUCCGGGGUUCGUCGCCGGCGACAUUGUUUCGGGAAUGACUGGCUGGGAGGAAUACAGCCUGAUUGACAAGCCUGAACAGCUGAACAAGAUUCAGCAAAGCGACAUACCACUCUCCUACCAUCUGGGGCUUCUCGGCAUGCCUGGUUUUACAACUUACGUUGGAUUCUAUGAAAUCUGCUCACCGAAGAAAGGAGAGUUUGUCUUUGUUUCUGCUGCAUCUGGAGCAGUUGGUCAGAUUGUCGGUCAACUUGCAAAGCUCCAUGGCUGCUAUGUUGUCGGAAGUGCUGGAACAAAUGAGAAACGCAAGACUGGGUGCACCUUAAACUGCAAGUGCAAGGAUUGCCAUAAUCCCUUUGGGGCCAGAGAGGCAGCUGGUGUGUCCAACGCUAGUCCAGGAGAAACCACACCACCAUCAAGCACUGGAACGAAACCCGACCGAUGCCAUUACAAGGUAAACAGAUGCAAAAAAGCGGGGCUAUUACUGUGUGAAGCACAAGGUCAGGUGCACCUCAUAUUGCAAGUGCCUAGGGUGUGACAAUCCCAAGGGGGUCAAAGGAGGUGAGUUGAACACCGGAUCAGGAAGUGCUGAUGGCGUAGGCAACAUACCUGAUGAAGCAGUGCAAACGACCACACCAUCAAUUACUGAACCAGGUGAGGUUGAUACUACCAGCAUGGCAUAUUGUCCGGAUCAACCCUCACGGCCUAUGAGCGAGUGACCAGGAUUCUAGGUAACUGAGACUAUGCUUCAUGGUUAUUGUAGAGGAGCUCUGCUGCUCAGGUGCUACACAAACGGAAGCAUUCCGUGGAUACUGAAGGUGCCCUUGCAGUUGCAGAACACACAGUGCAAACUGAACCAUUGGCUAGUGACACCAAUACACACACAAUUUCAUCUCAGACUGAACUAAAUACAAAGGAGCAUCAGGCUGCAAUAGUUAUUCAAUCAGCCUUUCGAGCAUUCUUGGUUGCCACGCGGAUGCUCUUUGGACUACGAUAUGGACAUGAAGACAUUUGUUUUAGUGCCAAAUAUUACUUACUAAUGCCCACAAAGUAUC